AUGCAAUUAUUUGCGCAUGCGCAUCGUCAACCUCAUUCAAGCAGGCUCGAAAUGGGAAAAGGUUGUAAAGUUGUGGUGUGUGGCCAGGCAGCAGUUGGUAAAACUGCUAUUCUGGAACAUCUGUUGUACGGAAAUCACAGUGUAGGCUCAGAGUCCAACGAGACACAGGAGGAUGUGUAUGUGGCCUCAGUAGAAACUGACCGAGGUGUGAAGGAGCAGUUGAGGCUGUAUGACACCAAAGGACUUCAUGAUGGACAUGACCUCCCAAAGCACUACUAUUCAGUGGCAGAUGGCUUUGUGCUUGUUUACAGUGUCGACAGCCUGGAGUCAUUCAAGAAGGUGGACAUUCUGAAGAAGGAAAUAGACAAGUCUAGAGAUAAAAAAGAGGUGACCGUCAUAGUGUUGGGGAAUAAAACUGACCUGCAGGAACGCCGUCAGGUGGACCAGGAAACGGCACAGCAGUGGGCGCGAGGCGAGAAGGUGAAGCUGUGGGAGGUCAGCGUCACCGAGCGCAACUCGCUCAUCGAGCCCUUCACCCAGCUCACCAGCCGCCUCACACAGCCUCAGAGCAAGUCUUCCUUUCCUCUGCCGGGACGCAAAAGCAAAGGAACCGCAUCUAGUGACAUCUAA